AUGGCGCCGGCCAAUGGGAGCAAUGGGAGCGGUGGGAAUGUUGCGAUUCGGAAGGCAGGCGCAGCUAGGCACCGGAAUGUGACCCCAGUUGUCCCAGCCAUCCCUUUGCCAUACAUGCAGAAGCGUCUUCAGAAACAGCUGGCCUCCAAGACCCCUCCUCCUGUUCCAGCUCCUGCUCCUAUGCCCGAGUCUUCUCCACCCAAGGCCCAAGGCGACAUUCCAGCCACUCCAGAUGGAACACAGAUUCAGCCGACCGAACCCGACGCCGCGGGGUUCGACCACUCGAAGGAGGUCAAGAAGUCGGUCGUUACGUCCCCGGGAGCGGUUGCCGAAUCAAGCUCUGCCCAAGGCACCUCAUUUGCUGUCACCAACGAUUCCUUGAGCGAGCUCACAAAACCCACGAGUCCUACCUUUGCAGCGCCUUCUGGUCCUGGAGAACCCAAACCAGUCUCAGAAAUAUCUUCGUCCGAUUCCAGUCAACUAGCGGAUCCUCAUCUUGGCGCUCCUGUUGGUCCGCAUCCCGAGAUGAGCAGACAGGAAGGUCACAGGACUUUAGCCUCCCCCGAACACAUCACCUCCCCUCCCGACGUACUUCGCCCGGAAACGAUGAAUGCGAUUCACCAGGCCAACGCCCUCUUCUAUCCCGGCGCAAACGUGAACGGGAACCCCGAAGCCCUAGGCCCGGCACCUGAUGGUUACGCCGGCUCACACCAAGGUCCAAUUAUGCAUGCGCCCACUGCCCACCAACCUCACCGUAGCACUAACAACCUGACCUUCGGCGGUAUUCACGAUUCCAACAACUCGUCCCCUGCGCCUCUCUCUGCCGGGUAUGGACCACCUCCCGGGUUCCCCGCGCCAAACGGCCGAUCUCACAUGGGCCGCCCAUCGGGGCCCGAAUUUCGUCCUCAGUCGUUCGUGUAUGGAAACAACGUGGACCCCGCGACCAGCAUCGACCAUUUCGCCCAGUCCAUGGCGGCGUACGCUCCCCAUGACGGUGGCUACCACCCAUUCGUCGGCAAUUACAUGCCUAGCACUCCUCUGAGCUACCAUGGGUCGCAACCGUCCCCGCAGCCAGAGGAUAAUGGCUUGUAUGGCGUCCCCAAUGGCGUACAUGGUCAUUUCGAAGACGGCCCGGGCCGCGUUCACCCGUCCAUGUAUGGCAUGGUACCUCCUCCAAUGGGAAUGAUGCCCCCAAUGCCACCUCCCCACCUGCUCCCGCGGCCUCUCGAUCCCGACAUUGAACAGCUCUUGGAUCAGAUGAAGCGUCAUUUCCAGGAUCCCAGGCUUGCCGACUGUCGCCUUGAACUGUCCUUCCCCGACCAACGCGCGCCUCUCUUGAAUUUCCCCGCUCACCGCCUCGUCUUAGCCCAAAGCAAGACCCUGGAGCAGCUAAUGAUGGAUAACCCCGCGAACCGCCGAAAGCACGGCUCUGGAACUACCAUUACAGUCCGCGCUGUAGACAAGUAUCUGCGCUCCGAUACUUUCUUGGUGGCUAUCCAAAGGCUUUAUGGUUUCCCUCUCUUUGAGAUUCCAGCACCCCCUCCGGGAAUGGAGGAUCUGCCCCUCGCCGGAGGAGCUGUAGAUCAGUUCAAGUUCGUAAUUAGUUAUGCUGCCGCUGGACACCUACUUCAGUACAACUCGGUGGUCAUCCGCGGGAUGGAGAUGGGCCGUCAGCUUAUGGGUUGGGAUACUGUAGAGCUUGCUCUGGAGUUUACUCUCGGCUCGAGCCCAGCAAGGGGAACCAUCGAUUUCCAUGAGAAAUGGCACUACGGUGGCCCCACUAAGAUUCUUUAUGAAGCCGUCAUCGCUUUCGUCUCUGACCAGCUGAGUGCUGAGUUCGAGCUAGACAUCACUGUCUCCGACCCGGAUGGCUAUUGUCGCUUACCCAACGUCCCUGAUUCGCAGAAGGGACGGACCAACGCCAAGGCACCGUCGCCCGCGAUCGCUCGCGGAUCCGUCGUGAAGCUGGGCCCGAACCAUCGAUCGCGCCUAAGCAAGAUCAAGUUUGGUGAUCUCUCUUCGGAGGACGCUAGAAGCGGCGCCAAUGGAAGCGCAAAGAGAAGUCGGCCCUAUACCCAAGAUCAGAUCGUGGUCUUGUCCAAAAUACUUCUUAACAUUCCUUUCGAGUCUGUCAAGUCCGUUCUAGAGUCUCCUAGGUUUGGAAGAGACGCCGAGAGCGUGGCUGCUCGAGACGAAGCUCGCUUCAGACUCAUUACCGAUGUUAUUGGCGAACGCGAGGCCCGUCGAUUGGCAGUUUUGGAGGCAGUCAAGACUAACCAGGGUGCCAAGGCUGAGCAAGUUCGCCGCACUCUCGGCUUUGUCGAGCCUCGCACUGUUGACGAGUGUAGCGUCUUGGGAUUCCAAGAGUCGGUUACUCCCGUUAGCGACGCUGGGGUUCCCUACAUUAGUCGUGCCUGGGUGCCGCUGGCCAAUACCAAGAAGAACAACUCGACUGGCAACUCCUCGCAUGGACGUUUCGUCGCCGCGUAUCCUUAA